UCCAACUUUUUUAGGCCUUUCACAACACUCCCUCAUCCUUGAUGUCAAGACCAGAUGGAACUCGCUCUAUCUAAUGAUAGAGAGAUUCAUGGAGCAGUUUCCAGCAAUACAAGUAGCAGCCUUGGACCCACACCUUCGAAAAGCAAUCACCAAGGACAACCUAGAUUGUCUGAAGGAUGAGGACUUCCAUAAGGCUGAGGAGUUUGUCCAGCUCAUGAGAGUCCUCUAUACAUCCACACUGUGUGUGUCAUGUGAGAAAAAUGCCACCUGUGGACAGAUCAUACCCAUCCUUCAAAAACUAGAAGAGCAUUUUACUAUGAAGGAUGAAGAUACAAUGUUUGUAGCAUCGAUCAAAGAGAAGGUGUGGGAGAACCUCUCCCAGCGCUAUCAGAAUGAUGACAUCCAAGCCUUCAUGCAUGAGGCCACAGCAAUGGACCCCAGAUUCAAAGGGAGGUCAGUAAGUGAUGAAACUUGGGACAGGCUGAGGAGGAAAGCCAUUGAGUCCAAUGUGAGACCAACAACAGGGCUCUCAGAUGAGAUGACAGACACAGAACACCAGGAAAAGGAGGAAUCAGAAGGAGAAGAUGAGAAAAUGGAGGAGACCAUUGUUCCAUUGUACAUAAAAAGGAGUGCCUUAGAGGACCUAUUCUCAGAGGAGGACAGGGAGUUGAGGUUGAGGAUCCAAAAGGAAAAUCUGUCCCUCACCCUCAGUGAUCAGGUUGACUUAGAGGUUGAACGCUACAAAAGCUUGCCUCCCAUUCCAAUGGCUGAAGGUCCAGUGAUGUGGUGGUGGGAGAAGAGAGAUGAACUGCCCCUCCUCACAACCAUUGCAACAAGUCACCUCUGUGCUCAAGCCCCCUCCACCCCUAGUGAGAGGGUAUUUUCAACUGCAGGGAGCACAAUAAGCCAAGAGAGGUUCCCACUUCUGCCAGAAAAGGCCAAUAUGUUGAUUUUUCUCCAGAAGAAUGGUUAAAAGCUGCUAGUUCUUUUGCAGCCUACCUGCA